AUGAUCAAGAAAGUCUCAAGGUAUUGGGAAAUUUCCAGACAGCUGUAUCGUAUAGCGAAGAAAUUCCCUUUGGCCCGAAAUAUGAAAGUUCAGCUGGUGAAACUCCCUGAAAAGGCUUUCAAGGGACAAGCGAGCAUGGAGAAUUCUACCGACCCAGAGUCUGUUUUAUCUAAACACGGUUUCAUCAAUGGGAAGCAGGGAAAUGUCCAGCAGCUAUGUCGCAAACUGAAACUCAAUGAGGAUGAGGCCAGUUCAAGAUAUAACGAAGCCAUAGCGGCUCUUUCAAAGGCCAAGAUCCACGCUGAAAUCCAGAUAAUUAUGUUUUGCGAAAUGCAAGCGCCAAGGAUCUUUCCUCGGGUGGUCAGCUCUAGCAAGGACGCAUGCUUUCUCUGCAACACUUUUGUUACUCGGUACGGGCGCAUGCAUACUCCCAAAACACAUGGUCGACUUUACCCUGGCUGGAGGUUUCCUAAUCUUCCAGAUUUCAAAUCAUUCCAGCAGGAUCUCAGCAAAAGUCUCCUUGAAAACCUUCGACGAAGCGUUUCCUUGGGUUUAACACAGGGGAAAUUACCUGUAUAUCCCUUCCCAAAUGAAAGUACAGUCAUGACGGUGUGUCUUUCUGAAACCACAGCAAGUAUUCCUGGUAUUUCCUUGAGGACUUCGACAGAUAUGGUUUCGUCAAUGAGCACAUCCGCGGGGUUGUCAGAAACUCUGCUGCAGGCUGAACCGGCUUUGGUAGCUGAUCGACUAUCAGACAUUCGACGCCUUUCCUUUGACUCGAUUCAUACAAUGUAUCCAGUUGAAGGAGAAGUAGUCACUGGCGUUAUGAAAUACAACAGUUCCUGUCGUCAUAUUUUUGCUGGAUCGCUUGAAAUAUACAUCUGCCUCGAGGAUUCAUUUCCUUUCGCGACCAAGAAAGAGCCAACUUUGGGAUUCGAUGUCGAAAGGCUGACAGCAGAGAAGAGAAAGCUUCUCGGUACUACAUGCCCUAUUAUUGACGUUGAACAAAUCGAGGACGAGGAAGCCGUUUGCUCCUUGUCAGAGGAUAACACAAUCUGUCUUGCUGUCGGGGAGGUGAUACUCAGAAUAACAGCUCAUCCACAGUAG